AUGCAAUUGGCGUUUCUGGACUUUGAAGCCGCCUUCGACUCUUCUCAUCGAAGCCGUUUUCUCAACGCGCUCCGCACCGAUGGGGUACCAGGAAAGUUUGUUUGCUUGCUUGGUGACAUGAAUCAACCAAUACCUGUUGCAGUUCGAACACCAGCCGGUUGCACAACACCGUUUGGAUUUGGUAACUGGAGUAAGACAACAGGCAGUGGCAGACUUCCUGUUCACGUUCGCCAUCGAUGGCAUCAUGCGAAGAACAUUCAAUCAUUACCUUGCCGUCAGCGCCUUAGCACCAUGUCCCUUGACCGAUCUUGA